UGUAGCAACUAUAUUGAAUAAUUCUUCUCGAGAAAUGAUGAUUAUUUUUCGAGUUUUAUAAGAUAAGGAAUCGUUUAAGUGGAACCCUUUUAUUAGGUAAAAGCAAUAGGAGAAAGAAUUGCUUGAAUGAAAGGUUUGCUUUGGACAAUUACUUGUAAGUGCUUGAAAUCCACAAGGACUACUUUCUCUCUCCUCUAUUCUCUCUCUUAAACCGAUUCACGGCGGAGAGAAACUGGACGGGUUUCUUGGAAUCUCCAUAACUUGAAGUGGGUCGAGAAGAUUCUGAAGAAAUAUUGAAGGAAUAUGAACAAAUUUUAGAGAGAGAAAGUUAGAGAGAGAGAAGAAUUUGGAUAGGAUCGAUGGAUAGCUUGCUCUGCGAUGAAUUGAUUCAAGAAAUUUUUCAAAAGCUGCCGUCGCCGUCGUCUUCCGCUGUGUCUCUGGUGUCGAAGCGGUGGCUCCGACUUUACCGGACCUCCAAAACCGCCUUGUCUCUCCGCCUCUGUGAUUCCUCUGUUUCAUCUCUCUCGUCUCUCCUCUCCCACUACCCCUUUCUCUCAUCCCUUUCAAUUCUCUCUGCCGAUUCCUCCGCCGUGCCGACCGCCACUCUUUCCACCCAAGUCAUCUGGAAAAUCCGCCGUUUCUGUGAAAAUCUUCAGUCUUUAAGACUCCUCGCCGGUCCUGUUUCUCUCUCAUCGCUUAUUUCUCUAUCCUCUGUUUGUACCCACCUCGCUUCUCUCUCUAUCAACAUAUCUCGGCCGUUGAAUUUCCGGUGGGUCGUUAAUUUCCCAUCUCUGAAAUCGCUCUCUGUCUCGGUUAGCUCCGGCGAGGGUUUUGAAAUUGAGUUGAAUUCCGACGAUUGGGAGUGGGAAUCGGCGGAUUUGGCGAUUCAGAGCCUCUGUUUAUCCGGUCUCCGCGCCGGCGAUUGGGGCGCCGGCUGGCUGUGGCGAAGCUGCAAGAAUCUCCGACAAUUGCAACUCCGUAGCUGCGAGACCGUCGGCGAUGGUGGGUCGUUUUCGUCCUUUGUCGAGUGUUUGCCAAGCCUCCAUGAAGUUGAGCUCCGAACUUGCCGGAGCAUCGCCGACGGCGUUCUGAUGAAAUUAGCAGACAAUUGCCGGAAUCUUACCUCCCUCCUCGUCUAUGACGGCGGCAGUAGAGAAGGUCUCCUCCGAUUCCUCAACGACCACCGAACCGAAUUGCAGAGUCUAGACCUUCGUCUUCCUCUCGACCUCAACAACGAGCAUCUCACCGCCAUAGCCGCAAACCUUCGAGGUCUCUCAUCUCUCCGGCUACAAAGUUGCUGUCUCGUCACCGGCGAUGGUCUAAAAGCCAUCGGCCUCGCCCUCGGCCCCUGCCUCGAGGAACUAGCGUUAAUUAACUGCGACGUGGUCGCGAGAGAAUCCGGGUUGCUAGCCACUAUGGGACAGAGCUUGAAGCAAUUGAAAACUCUUGACUUAUCUUACAAUGAGAUGUUGCUUGACAAGGACUUCAGCUCCAUGAUCAUCUCUUGCAGCUCCAUUACAGAGCUCAACCUCCGCGGCUGCAAAGGGCUGACCGGAGCCUCCAUCUUGGCCACGUGGCGGAGCUGCAAGAACUUGGAGGCCAUUGACAUUGUUCAAUGUCCAAGAAUUCAGGCCAGUGCUUUGGAGCUCUGUGUGCUGAAUUUGCCCAAGUUGAGACAGCUCAAGGUUGAAGACGACAGGGUUUCCGACAUCGUGGGGAGCUCGGCGUCGCGCCGAUUCGUCGAUAUUGUUGUUUGAUCCAAAUGGGGUCAAAGAAAACCCCAAUUUUAAGAUCAUAUAAAUAAGAAGGAUGAUUCAUAAAUUAUACUCUUUCAUGUUGGAAUAAAUGUUCGAUGUUUACGUGAAAAUAAAAUUAGGGUUUAUGGGUUUGU